UUCACGCGUGUGUAAUUAUUCUUCUAUAAAGUUAAUAAAGAAAUGAGCGGUUAUUAAUAACUUUUCGACAUUUCUUUUUGUUUCAUCGUAAUCUUAACGGUUCAAUUGAAAUAGAAAUGGAAUUGUUAAUAAGUUUUUCUGUUUGAUUACCUCCGAUGUUAUGAUAUUUUAGGAGCAUCUGUAUAACUGAUAUGUUCAAAUGAAGUUCAUUAUACCAGCUCUACGUAUUGUGACGGUGAACAUCGAAAUUGUGCAGUAAAAUUUCACAUCUGAUAAAACAUUAAAAAGUUCCUUCAACUUUGAUACUCAAUAUAAUAGUGUAUCCGAAAAUUUGGAAAUUAUUUAUGUUUGUUCAUUUGAAUGGUAGUCCACUGGUGUUAGACUAGUUUGAGUCACAUAAAGUAACUAAAAGGAAAGUAUCAUGGCAGAAACUUCGCGGGGUAAUUGGUCAACCUGGUUCGAGUUUUUAUUUUCUUGCAUUGGAGAAAUGGUUGGAUUAGGAAACAUAUGGAGGUUUCCCUAUAUUUGCUUCAAGAACGGUGGAGGUGCUUUCCUUGUGCCAUACUUAAUCUUUAUGAUGCUAUUGGCUAUGCCUCUGGUCUUCCUUGAGUUCACCUAUGCACAGUAUUCAAACCUAGGUCCUGGAAAAGUAUGGCUGUGCUGUCCUUUGUUUAAAGGGAUUGGCUAUGGGAUGUUGACAUUAGUUGCUAUUUCUGGUAUUUACUAUAAUGUUAUUGUUGCUUGGACUUUAUAUUAUUUUGGGAACUCAUUUUCGUACAAAAUCCCAUGGGGUGACUGUAACAAUGAAUGGAAUACAGACAAUUGUUAUAUGCGUGGUCAAACUGUUAACAACACUUUGUUCAAUACCUCUCUUUUAAACAUCACCACUGUGCAGAUAAAUGGAAGUGAUCAUCACUAUUCUACAAAUACAACACUGUUAAAUGUAUCAAGACAGACAAGUGCCGAGGAGUUUUGGGAGCGUCAUGUACUAGAUAUGACAGAUGGUAUUGAGAAUCAAGGGCAUUUACGAUGGCAGCUAGUGCUAUGUUUACUAGCUUCCUGGACUGCAUUAUUUUUCUCUGUACUCAAAGGAAUUAAAACUUCCGGAAAGGUGAUGUACGUAGCUUCUACUAUUCCAUAUGUUUUCCUACUGAUACUGCUAAUCAGAUCAUUAUUUUUACCUGGAGCAUUCAGUGGUCUGGCAUACUUUUUUAUUCCAAGAUGGAGUGAUCUGCUAAAAUUUUCGGUUUGGAGUGAUGCUGCUAUACAAGUGUUCUAUUCCUCAGGUCUUGGUAUAGGUGGUAUAAUAACAUUAGCAAGCUACAACAAAUUCCAUAACAACUGCUACAGAGAUGCAAUGAUUUUGCCUGUCUUGGACACAUUUACAAGUUUGUUUGCAGGAUGUGUAGUGUUUUCCACAUUAGGUUACAUGGCUGAAGCAUCAAAUGUUCAAAUUGAUGAUGUUGUUAAACAAGGCCCAGGUAUUGCAUUUAUGGUGUACCCAGAAGCCUUGGCAACUCUACCUCUACCUCAAGUAUGGUCUGUCUUCUUUUUCUUGAUGUUGUUUACUAUAGGACUAAAUACCAUGAUUGUCCAAGUGCAAGUAAUAACAACAGGUAUUUUUGACAACUUCCCUAAUCUAAUGCAGAGAGGAAAAACACUUACGAGGCUAUGUGUAUGUGUUGUUGGUUUUCUGCUUGGACUGAUGUGUGUCACUCAGGGUGGUGUAUAUAUUCUACAAUUAAUUGAUUGGUAUGCUGCAAGUGUGUCAUUAAUGUUUCUGUUGUUACUAGAAGUUAUAGUACUUGCGUGGAUUUACACCACAGAAAGAUUAUAUUGUGACAUUGAAAUGAUGAUUGGGUACAAACCAAGCCUCAUUUGGAAGUUUUGUUGGCGAGUUACUUGCCCGUUAAUAGUCGCAUCUUUAUGGAUUAUAAAUAAUGUUCAACAUGAACCAAUCAAGUAUGGAAAAAAGAGUUAUCCUUCCUGGGCUAUUGGUGUUGGAUGGAUAAUUGCCAUCGUGCCACUCAUCAUGAUUCCUGCAGGAAUAGUUCAAUCUUUUUUGGCGGCAAAGGGUGAUCUAUUUCAAAGAUUAUAUUCUACAUUGAAACCUAGCCCAAUGUGGAAACCAGCUAAAACGAAAGGGGAAUCGGAUGAAAAUAACGUUGAAUUGAUUAAACUGAACAAAACUGGUGAUACUAAUGGAGCUAAUCUGUAUGGAAAAAUUGACAAGCUGUAACCACAGUACUACUAGGUCAAAAUACAAAUUGAAAAGUUUUACAGGACUUGACAUUCCAGCUAUUGUAGUCGCCUUCUGCGAAAUAAAAAAAAGUUAUAUAUGAA